CCCUGCUCUUCCUGCCACACUGCCAGAAGCUGUCAUCACAGCCUGUGACACACAUUAGUGUAAAUGAGAUGAAUAGCUGUUAAGAAGAGGUUUACAUUAACACUGUAAUGGCUGGUGUUAAAUAACUGGACGAGUAGAUAAGUAUUUAAAGAGGAGAAGCCUACCUAUUUGGAUUAUUGUAUAGCCUACAGGAUUACUUAAUCCGUGACGCAGCACAAUAACAAGACAGAGGCGCAAACUGCGUAGCAGGCAGUCUGACGAGGACACACACUGACAAGCAUGCUGCGUUUGCCUGCUGUGAGCCGGACUCUCUUUCCAGCAGCUAUUACCAAAGGAGGUGCAGCUACAGCUAACACUGCUCGCAAUGUAGCUACUGCAGCAGCACCUGCCAGUAACCUGCUGGAGGUGUUUGUGGAUGGGGCGCCUGUCAUGGUGGAGCCAGGAACCACAGUAUUGCAAGCAUGUGAGAAGGUAGGAAUGCAGAUUCCUCGUUUCUGCUACCAUGAGCGCCUGUCAGUUGCUGGAAACUGUCGCAUGUGUCUUGUGGAAAUAGAGAAAGUUCCAAAGCCAGUGGCUGCCUGUGCUAUGCCAGUCAUGAAGGGUUGGAACAUUUUAACCAACUCUGACAAAACAAGAAAGGCCAGAGAGGGUGUGAUGGAGUUUCUUCUGGCUAACCAUCCAUUAGACUGUCCAAUUUGUGAUCAAGGGGGAGAAUGUGAUCUGCAGGACCAGUCCAUGCAGUUUGGCAGUGACAGGAGCCGCUUCACUGAGGGAAAAAGAGCUGUAGAAGACAAGAACAUCGGCCCCCUCAUCAAAACCAUUAUGACUCGCUGUAUCCAGUGCACUCGCUGCGUGCGCUUUGCCAGUGAGAUUGCAGGGGUGGAAGAUCUGGGUACCACUGGCAGAGGUAAUGACCUGCAGAUUGGGACCUAUGUGGAGAAGAUGUUCAUGUCUGAGUUAUCUGGGAACGUUAUUGAUAUAUGCCCAGUGGGAGCCCUGACUUCUAAACCAUACGCGUUCACUGCUCGCCCUUGGGAGACCAGGAAGACUGAAUCCAUUGAUGUUCUGGAUGCUGUGGGUAGCAACAUUGUUGUGAGCACUCGUGGGGGUGAGGUGAUGAGAAUCUUACCUCGUCUUAAUGAAGAUAUUAAUGAGGAGUGGAUUUCAGACAAAACCAGGUUUGCUUAUGAUGGUCUCAAGAGACAGAGGCUUACUCAGCCAAUGGUGAAAAAUGAAUCUGAGCAGCUGGUCCCUACAACCUGGGAGGAUGUGCUGACUCGAGUAGCUGGAGCAUUGCAAGGAGUUGAGGGAAACAAAGUUGCUGCUGUUGUCGGAGGUUUGGUAGAUGCAGAGGCUCUUAUUUCCCUGAAAGACUUGCUGAAUCGUUUGAACAGUGACAACCUGUGCACAGAGGAGGUGUUUCCAAUGGCUGGAGCUGGAUCUGACCUGCGUUCAAACUAUCUACUGAACACCGGGAUAACUGGCAUUGAAGAAGCUGACGUGCUGCUUCUGGUUGGGACAAACCCACGCUAUGAGGCUCCUCUGUUUAAUGCCAGAAUCAGAAAAAGCUGGCUUCACAACGAGCUACAAGUGGCUCUUUUGGGGAAGAAAGUGGACCUAACUUACACAUAUGACCAUCUGGGGGAGUCCGGCACGGUUCUUCAAGAAAUUGCAUCAGGAGCUCAUCCGUUUUCCCAAGUCCUGGCUAAGGCCAAGCAUCCUGUUGUUGUGGUUGGAAGCAGUUGCCUGCAGAGAGAGGAUGGGGCUGCUAUAAUGGCUGCUGUUUUAACCAUUGCUCAGAACACUCACGUCAGCAGCAGUGUGGAGGAAACCUGGAAGGUUCUAAAUGUGCUUCACAGGGUUGCCAGUCAAGUUGCUGCCCUUGAUCUUGGGUACAAGCCAGGAGUGGAGGCUAUCAGAAAGAACCCACCCAAAGUUCUCUUCCUGCUAGGAGCUGAUGCCGGCUGCAUUACUCGCCAAGAUCUCCCGAAGGACAGCUUCAUUAUUUAUCAAGGUCACCACGGCGACGUUGGCGCUACAGUGGCUGACAUCAUACUUCCUGGAGCUGCAUAUACUGAGAAAUGUAGCACCUAUGUGAACACUGAAGGCCGUGCCCAGCAGACAAAGGUUGCUGUGACACCACCGGGCAUGGCAAGGGAGGACUGGAAGAUUAUCAGAGGCAUAUCUGAGCUUGCUGGAGUGACACUGCCAUACGACAGCCUUGAAGAAGUGCGGGAUCGACUGGCAGAAGUUUCCCCAAAUCUGGUUCGAUAUGAUGAAGUUGAGGAGGCCAACUACUUUAAACAGGCUAAUGAACUGUCAAAGGCUGUGAACCAGGCUGUCCUUGCUGAACCUUUAGUGCCUCCACAGCUUACUGUGAAGGACUUCUACAUGACAGAUCCAAUAAGCAGAGCCUCCCAGACAAUGGCUAAGUGUGUGAAAGCUGUCACAGAGGGAGCAGAAGCUGUGGACGAGCCUGCCAUAUGUUAAUACUCAGUGAAAAGCAGUUCAUAGAUCACUGGCUAAAAAACUUGUACGCACAACUCUACAAUUUGCACAUUUCUUGAAACUAUUUAUUUGCACUUUUACUGUAGCAGAUAUGUGACUAUAAUAGAUGCCUAAUCGUUUAUUCAAAUCGUGGAACUAAUAAUGUAAUUUAUUAACCUGCAGAAAUGUGAGUAUAUGUUACCUGCAAGGUGACUAAAUAAUGAUUGGUUUACUAAAUUUCCAAAGAUGCACUCCUGACAGAUUACAUUUUUACUUUUUAGGAUGCAAAUAAUAGCUGUUACCAAAGGUUUUAAAACAUUAUGUGUCUAAGGUAAAUCCCGUUUUUUGUCUUCCUGUAAAGUUGCCAGAAGUUAUGCAUAUAUUUUACUAAUGGUAUAUUUAUAUAAAUGUGGUAAGUUGUGGGGAAAUGAAUAAACCAGUUUUCUAUAGCAAGCCGUUUUAUCUUUUCAAACGCCCUUUUAAAAUUGUACUCUCUAUUUAUAUUUUACAAUGAUGUUUUAGUGUGACAGUAGUAGUAUUAAUAAUAUUUACAGUCUAUGUAGUAACCUUUUCCUGUCCCGAGCUUCUGUAUCUUGUUGGCACGUGAUUCAUGAUCAGUGAUCAGCCGGUAAAGCUGGCAGCUGUUAACUCAUUCAUAUUGAAGACGAUAGCCGUGGUGGAAUAAACACUGAAACACUUUG